ACGAGUCCGAAAAAUAAAUGCAGCUUUCAGUAGUCAAUCAAGCUCACGUCAGAUCGGUUCACUGACUAUACUUGAAAUCUAGACCCUAAAUAAAUCUAUACAUAUACGAGUAUACAGAAUGAAUCGAGAGUGCUUAAUCAGGGUUAUUAGCUGCCUUUUGGCAGCCCUCUCCCAAGUUAAUUGCCACAGCAUUAGUGGUUCAAAUGCCACCUUGAAUCUACCUGAGAUUCGGGGUGACAAGUUCCAGUACUUCGGCUUCGGAAGCAAUAUGCUGAUCCGGAGGAUCCACAUCCAGAAUCCAUCGGCCGUGAGAGUCGGACCAGCCCUGCUACCCGAUUUUCGAUUGGACUUCGCCUUGGAAUCAUCCCGUUGGAACGGUUCUGUGGCGACCAUCGUUCCCACCCAGGGUGAUCAUGUCUGGGGAACCCUCUGGGAGAUCGAUCUCACUAAUCUGCCGGACAUAGACGACCAAGAAGGCGUUAGUCUAGGCAUUUAUGAGCCUCGCACCGUCUACGUGAAGCUCCGUGGUGAAUCCGAACCAACUCCUGCCCGUGCUUAUCUACUGACCAAGCAGCCAACGAGCAAUCUCUACGAACUGCCAAAGGACUCCAUUCCCUUAUCCCGACAGCCCUCGAAGACAUAUCUCCAGUGCCUCGUAAAAGGCGCUAUCGAGAGCUCCGUCCCGGAGGAUUAUGUUCAACGAUUGAGGAGCAUCAAGCAUAAUGGACGAGCUAACUCCGAUAUGGAGCGAAAGUUGGACCUGGGGAGUGUAACCCUCUAACUUUUCAGAGCAUAAAAUAAAUGGGUUGAUUUUCAGUAUAAACACCCUUUAACAUAAAUUUGAUGGAUGGUGCCAUUUACAUUUUUAUCAAAUAUCUAAGAUUUCUCAAAACUUGUAUAAAUUCAGCCAAGUAAUACAAUACUAAUGAAACUAAACUCUUGUAACUUGAUUGAAAAGUUACUCCCAUAGCAUUUUCAUUUAUUAAGAAAUAUCUACAGAAUAACAAAAUUUUGGAAUGGAGUCAGUCUUUUCAUAUAUUGUAUUUUCAUUUUAAAGUUUUAUCAGCUCACAUUGCUUUGUAGGUAACUUACAAUUGUAAUGAGUAAUAAAACAAGAAAACGGA